AUGAAGCUGGAGUUCCGGGAGUACAGCGGCCCCCGGCUCGACCCGCGGUACCGCGUCCUCAUGUUCGAGCACGCCCUGACCGCCGACGAGGCCAACAGGAAGUACAGCUACAAGGGGCUGGUGGCCGAGGCACUGCGGCAGCUGGUGGGGGAGGAGUGCUACCGACAGGACGAGGUGCUGCCCCCAGGGUACUGCACAGAUUUCCUGCUGUGGAUAAACCGUUCGGGCACAGUGCUGCCUCUCUCCCGCGUUCCGGCGGCUUCCAAGGCUCCCCCAGCCACGUCCCCUGCCGCCAUGUCCCUGCGCUCCAGCGUCCUGGCCCUCACCUCGGACUUGCAGGACUUUGCCCCGUUUGCUCCAGAGACGCCCAGCAGCCCCCCAGGCCCCCGGGAGAGCGGCCGGGCCGGGCGGUUCCUGCCCGCGCUCUGCCCGGCCCUGGGGGGCCCCUGCUUCCAGCCCCCCUCGGACUAUUACUGUGGGCUGAGCAAGGAGCCAUCCCUGGGCAGCCCGGGCAGCUCCACGCUCAGCAGCCCCUCCGAGUGCCUCUCGGCUCCACCGCCGGGCACCCCCGACUGCUCCCCCCGCCUCCGCCGCCUCCUCUUCCCACGCCUCCCCCACCCUCGGCAGAUCUGGACCGGCACGACGGCAGCCCACGCGGCCGUACCUGCACGAGCAACAGCUGGCUUCGCGAGGGGAGCAGCCCAGGACGCACCACCGAGGAGGCGGACCAGCCCCCCGCGGGUGGUGCUGUCGGUCAAUGACAAGUGGCACUACUGCCAGAACUCCGACAUCCUGGUGGGAUCCCGCGCCAUGAGGGACCGGCACCUGCGGCUGCUGGGAUACUGUCUGGUGCAGGUGAACACCCCCAGCUCUCACCUGUAUUUCAAGGGGCUCCAGCCCUCAGAGCCUUCCUGA